GCUGCAUACAGGAACGCGUUCUCCGGGAGCACCACCGCCUCGGGCUACACGGGCCCGUCCCUGCGCUCAUUUGUCAGGCACGUUUCAGCCAGAUGCCGAUUAGGUUACACAAACAGCUGAGAGACUGUCUGCCCGGAGCAGCUCCCCAUCUAAUAAUGAGCCCAUUCGCCAUUGUCCUUCUACAAACCAAUUAAGUUGGAGAAGACCUCUGAGAUCAUCAAGUCAGAGCUUUGACUGAACGCCACCUUGUCAACUAAACCAGGGCACUGAGCGCCACGUCCAGUCUUAAACCCCUCCAGGGACAGAGACUCCACCACCUCCCUGGGCAGCCCAUUCCAACGUCCAAUCACUCUUUCUGUGAAGAAAACCUUCCCAAUGUCUAUCCUGAACCUCCCCUCCUGCAGCUUUAGACUACGUCCUCUUGACCUAUUGCUGCCUGCCCGGGAGAAGAGGCCGACCUCCACGUUACUAUAACCUCCUCUCAGGCAGUCGUAGAGAGUGGGGUUUGUGAAGGUUGUCAAGAAUAAGGCGUACUUCAAGAGAUACCAAGUGAAAUUCAGGAGAAGGAGAGAGGGAAAAACUGACUACUAUGCUCGCAAACGUUUGGUUAUUCAAGAUAAAAACAAGUACAACACUCCUAAAUACAGGAUGAUUGUGCGCGUUACCAACAGAGACAUCAUCUGCCAGAUUGCCUAUGCCAGAAUCGAGGGGGACAUGAUCGUGUGCGCUGCCUACGCCCACGAGCUGCCCAAGUACGGCGUCAAGGUGGGCCUGACCAACUACGCUGCUGCCUACUGCACCGGCCUGCUCCUGGCACGCAGGCUUCUGAAUAAAUUUGGCCUUGAUAAGAUCUAUGAAGGCCAAGUUGAAGUCACUGGUGAUGAGUACAAUGUGGAAAGUGUGGAUGGCAAGCCUGGUGCUUUUACAUGCUACCUGGAUGCGGGUCUUGCCAGAACUACCACUGGAAACAAAGUCUUUGGUGCUCUGAAGGGUGCAGUGGACGGGGGGCUGUCUAUCCCUCAUAGCACCAAACGUUUCCCUGGCUACGACUCGGAGAGCAAAGAGUUCAAUGCUGAGGUUCACCGCAAGCACAUCAUGGGCCAGAACGUGGCCGAUUACAUGCGGUACCUGAUGGAGGAGGACGAAGAUGCCUACAAGAAACAGUUCUCCCAGUACAUAAAGAACAACGUAACACCUGAUGGGAUGGAAGAAAUGUAUAAAAAAGCCCAUGCUGCUAUACGGGAUAAUCCUGUCCAUGAAAAGAAACCUAAGAGAGAUGUCAAGAAAAAGAGGUGGAACUGUCCCAAGAUGUCUCUUGCCCAGAAGAAAGACCGUGUUGCUCAGAAGAAGGCCAGCUUCCUCAGGGCCCAGGAGCGCAGAACGGAGAGCUAAGACAACUUCCACAGUUUUCUGUGAAGCUUUGGAAAAAGUGGCAAUAAAUUUAUUGAGGAAGUAA